AUGAAGUCCCGCAAUGCUGCUGCUGCAGACAAGUGCGGGUUCAAUGCUUAUAGACUGCGCACAUUCGGACCCGAUCUUGAUUAUGAUGACUUUUUCCAGAACUAUACUGCAUCUGCGUUUGAUCCCAAAGCCUGGGUCGAUUUGUUCGCUGAUGCUGGUGCCCAAUACUUUGUCUUCACCACAAAGCACCAUGAUGGGUUUGCCAACUUCGAUACUGGCUCCGCAACGAAUCGCUCUUCGUUGCACUAUGGACCCAAGCGUGACAUUCUUGGCGAGCUGUUCGAGGCUGCAGCAACAUAUCAACCUCAAUUGCGCCGUGGUACAUAUUUCAGCAUUCCCGAGUGGUUUAACCCAGACUGGGGAAAGUACGGCUUUACGCAAUUCGACAGAGUCACUUCGACCUCGCACCCAGGAAUCAUCGCCCGCAACCCCUACACGGGACUUGAAGAGCCAUAUACCGGUCGCCUCCCCAUAGGUGACUUCAUCGAAGAUCUAAUGGUGCCACAGAUGGAGGCACUGGCGUACAACUACAAUACAGACAUCAUGUGGUGUGAUGCCGGGGCAGCUAAUGACACCGCACGGUUCGCAGCACGCUGGUUCAACUGGGCUAGAUCUCAAGGGCGGCAAGUUACAAUCAACGAUCGUUGUGGAAGCCCGUGGGCUGCCGAUUUUGAUACUCCCGAAUACGCCACUUUCAGUACUGUGCAACGUCGCAAGUGGGAGAGCAACCAGGGAAUGGAUCCAUAUUCGUACGGUUACAAUCGUGCCACAGCCGAGACAGAGUACAUGAAUGCUAGCACCUUAGUCCAUAACUUGGUUGACAUGGUAAGUAAGAAUGGCAAUUUUUUGUUAGAUAUCGGACCUCGAUCAGAUGGCACAAUCGUCCAAAGAGAAGUUGACAACUUGCGUGAGGCUGGAACGUGGAUCAAAGCACACGGGGAAGCCGUGUUCAAUACCACAUACUGGUCAAUUACACCCGAAGAGGAUAACCUGCGAUUUACGCAGACAAAUGACGCGUUCUAUAUACUGAGUUUGGAAGAACCUGAAAUUGGCGGGCUGGUAAUUCGCUCGAAAUUACCGAUUGUCAAGGGUGAUAGAAUUACUGCUGUGGGGAUGGAGGGCGAGAAGGAAGUGCAAUGGGACUUUGCCAGUAAUGGCCAUGUGGUGAUCAAGGUGACGGAAGAGAUAGUCACAGGAGGCAAAUUUUGCUGGGUGUUUAAAAUCGAGUACCAGAGGUGGACGUGA